CACAUACACCCGUCCAGAGCCACCUUAAAAGCAGGAGUCAGUUGUAAAGUCGCCGGCCAGCUAGUGGAGUGGAGACUGCAGAGGGAGAUACAGAGAGAGGGCAGAGAAAGAGGCAGCAAGAGAUUUGUCCUGGGGACCCGGAAACCCAUGGUACCCUACUGAACCCCAAAUUCCCUGGAAGCCCACAGAGACACAGAAACAGCAAGACAAGCAGCGAUACACUCCACGCCAGGAAUCCUCCUCUCUCUCUCUCUCUCUCUCUCUCUCUCUCUCUCUCUCUCUCCCUCUCUCUCCACCCCCCAUCCCAGCCUGUCCUCGUCCUCUAGUCUUCAAAUUCCCAGUCCCCUGCACCCCUUCCUGGGACACUAUGUUGUUCUCCGCCCUCCUGCUAGAGGUGAUUUGGAUCCUGGCUGCAGACGGGGGUCAACACUGGACAUAUGAGGGGUAUUCAGGUUUUCUAUGCAUCUCCUCUCUCCUCGUUCAGCUCUCUUGUCCUCUAAAUAUAGGCCCACAUGGUCAGGACCAUUGGCCAGCCUCUUACCCUGAGUGUGGAAACAAUGCCCAGUCACCCAUCGAUAUCCAGACCGACAGGGUGACAUUCGACCCUGAGUUGCCUGCCCUGCAGCCCCACGGAUAUGACCAGCCUGGCACCGAGCCUUUGGACCUGCACAACAAUGGCCACACAGUGCAACUCUCCCUGCCUUCUACCCUGUAUCUGGGUGGACUUCCUCGAAAAUAUGUAGCUGCCCAACUCCACCUGCACUGGGGUCAGAAAGGAUCCCCGGGGGGGUCAGAACACCAGAUCAAUGGUGAAGCCACAGUUGCGGAGCUCCACAUUGUACAUUAUGACUCUGAUUCCUAUGAUAGCUUGAGCGAGGCUGCUCAGAGGCCUCAGGGCCUGGCUGUCUUGGGCAUCCUGAUCGAGGUGGGUGAGACUAAGAAUAUAGCUUAUGAACACAUUCUGAGUCACUUGCAUGAAAUCAGGCAUAAAGAUCAGAAGACCUCAGUGCCUCCCUUCAACCUGAGAGAGCUGCUCCCCCCCCAGCUGGGGCAGUAUUUCCGCUACAAUGGCUCGCUCACAACUCCCCCUUGCUACCAGAGUGUGCUCUGGACAGUCUUCUUUAGAAGGUCCCAGAUUUCAACGGAACAGCUGGAAAAGCUUCAGGGGACAUUGUUCUCCACAGAAGAGGAGCCCUCUGAGCUUCUGGUACAGAACUACCGAGCCCCUCAGCCUCUCAAUCAGCGAAUGGUCUUCGCUUCUUUUAUCCAAGAGGGACCCUUGUAUACCACAGGUGAAAUGCUGAGUCUAGGUGUAGGAAUCUUGGUUGGCUGUCUCUGCCUUCUGCUGGCUGCCUAUUUCAUUGCUAGAAAGAUUCGGAAGAAGAGGCUGGAAAAUCGAAAGAGUGUGGUCUUCACCUCAGCGCGAGCCACCUCUGAGGCAUAAAUUCCUUCUCAGAUACCGUGGAUGUGGAUGACUUCCCCUCGUGACUGUCGGGAAGCCUCUAAAAUGGGGUCUAGGGUCUGCACAGAAAUCCUGUAGGAGUAGCAGGCAGACGUCCUCCUUCCCCUGGACAUCCCCUACAGAGAGGAAUGGACAAAUGAGGAGAUCUGUGCUGUUCAUGCAGAGGACAAACUCUGUUCAGUUGCAGGGGAAGUUUGGGAUGUACCCCAAAGUCUUCUCCCCCCUCACCUUUAUGGCCCUUUCCCUAGAUACACCGCAGAAUCUCUCCUUAGGAUAAAAAGUUGCUGUUGAAGUUGUAUAUUUUUGAUCCAUGUAUUUGGAAAUUAAAGUUUCUGACUUUCA